AUGGUUGCUCUGCGCGUUAUCUGCGGCUUCCGAGACGUGGCCACGGAGACGGCGGGUGUACUGGCGGGGGUACCUCCUCUGGCCCUCCUGGCAAAAAUGUACGUGACGAGGUACGCUCGUCGCGUCAAACUGCUACAAGAGGGUCUGCCAGAGAACAACCUGCGAGAGGCCCUUGCCAACUCGGAGCGUCAGGCCCGACAACAGCUGCUCCUAGACUGGGAGCAGCACUUGAACGAGCCUCGUGCGGCGGUCCAAGAAGUUGUCGCGGUGAUUCGACCCCAUUUGGAGGUGUGGUUACAGAACGGGGUCGGACAUCUUACCUACAGGGUGACACAGGUGCUCACCAGGCAUGGUUGCUUUGGUGAGUACCUGUGUCGCAUAGACAAAGAGCCAACGGCACAGUGCCAUAAGUGUGGGGCAGCCAGCGACUCGGUGGAGCACACCGUGGAGGAAUGUCCACGGUGGGCAGACGACCGCCGAAAGCUGGUUGCUAAGGUCGGAGGCGAUCUCUCCCUGAAGGGCCUUUUCAAGCCCCUUGCCUCCGGGGAAGAAGAAAAAUGGAGAGCGGUAGUCUCUUUCUGUUCCGUUGUGAUGGAGCAGAAAGAGGCUGCCGAGAGAGAGCGGGAGUGUGCUCCCAUUCCUCGUUAG